CUACAUAAUUAUUUACAUAUACACAUAUAUCUACUCUAGAAACUCUUUAAAAGAUGAAUAAGUACUACGGCUUCUCCAUCAUGGUGAUUCUCUUUGCGCUUGUUCAUGAUAUUCUGCCCGCCUCUGCAUCUCCAAAUCAUUUUCGAGUCCAAGAACAGGGUGCUGGGUAUCAACCUCGUAAGCAUAAUCAGGUGGAGGUGCUGGGCAUGGACUUAUAUCCAACAGGAUCAAGCUUGCCGGACUGCUCACACGCGUGCGGACCAUGCUUCCCAUGCAAGAGGGUGAUGGUGAGCUUCAAGUGCUCCACCGAGUCCUGCCCCAUUGUUUAUAGGUGCAUGUGUAAAGGCAAAUACUACCAUGUCCCUUCCAAUUGAUACUGACCGUCCAUUAAUCACGUGUUGAGAUAUCUACACCCUCCAUCAAGAUUGAUUAGUUAGUGGCUACUUUUAAUUAUUUAUGGUUGUGUAGGAAGUUUAUUAGAUAUUUUUAUUUCAUUGUUCGGGUGUUUUAUGGAUGAUUUUUGUGAA